UUCAACUUAUACAAGGAAGAAAAAAGAAGCAAGCUAAUUCAUAAUUUACUCACAGAUAUACAUAAUUUAAAACAGUGCCAUCAUCAUUGAGCAAGUCAAAGAAGUUAAACUACCUGCAACUAGCAUUUCUUGAUUUAGAAUAUGUUUUAUUAUAACUUGUUCAAACCACUAUAUAUUCCAAUGCGGAGAAUAAGAGAUAUGUGCACGUACCAAACUGAAAACAUAUGACUCUGACUAACCUCAUUUAACCACACUGUCAUAUAAUAUCAAUACAUGAAAGUUAAUUUUAGUUUUUAAGUAGGUGCAGGUUUGAUUACUGCAUCUUUUCACAAACAUGGUACACAUCAUUGAAGGUCAAAACAAAUCAAAUACUUACAGUCUCGUGUAAAAUCCAUUAGCUAGACAGUAAAAAGCAAUGGUGCAGAAUAAUAAAAGCACAGAGCAUUGUACACAAAAGUUGUCUUUGAGUAUACAACGACCAAGUAAGUAAUCCAUAUAACUGUAAGAAACAUGAUGACAGGGCAUCUAUUACCAAUUCAAAAGUAGAGAACUUUUCUUAAGUUUUCUUUGAUAGUGUCAUCCAUGUAAAAAGGUCAGCUCAGGGUUUUCUGCAGUCACAGAAAGUACAAUCCUCAUGGAAAAGAAAAGGUGCAGAAGAAUCUGAGAUUUACAAGCUAAGGUUGAAGGGAAGAUCAUUCUUCCAGAUGGCUCGAGUUUUUAGAUCAACGGGUUUCUGGAUAAUAAUUUGUAUCCAUGUUAUGACUUUGGUGUUAGCUCAAGAAGGGGAUCAAUUUCUGCACUAUGACUUCAGGAAAGCAGACCUGCAUUGUGAUGGAAUGGCAAAUACAGACGAGGGUCCAUUGCAUCUAACAAAUAAUACAGACACGAGCACCGGUCACGCGUUCCACAAAGUUCCCAUGAAGUUCACAACGUCGUCUUCCAGUUCAUUUUCCUUUUCAACAGAAUUUGUCUUUGCAAUCUUUCCACUGCAAAUCCCCCCUCCCUAUGGUCAAGGUAUGGCUUUUGUGGUGUCUCCUUUCAUGGACCUCGGGUCUAGUGGUGCUGCAACUUCAUACUUAGGGAUUUUCAAUAGACUAAAUGAUAACAAAACUGAGAACCAUAUCCUGGCUGUAGAACUUGACACUAACAAAAGCCCUGAAGCAGAUGACAAAAACAAUAACCAUGUUGGGAUUGAUAUUAACAGCAUAGUCUCGGUCGACACUGCCAAUGCUAGCUACUUUGAUGAUACAGAGAGACAGAACAAAAGCCUGCUGCUUGGUAGUGGAGAACGUAUUCUGAUCUGGAUAGAUUAUGAUGGAAUAGAGCAACUACUAAAUGUAACGUUAGCUCCAGUGCCUAAAACGCAUGUUUCUCCUCUCUUUUCAAGUUCUAUCAAACCAAGUGUGCCUCUCUUGUCAAGAUCCAUCAACCUUUCAGAUAUUUUCAAUGAGACUAUGUUCGUAGGUUUCUCCGGUUCUACAGGCUCAGUCAAAAGUGACCAGUAUAUUCUUGGAUGGAGCUUCAAGAAAGGCGGCAAAGCGGAAAGCCUUGACAUUUCACAGCUUUCGAAUCCACCAUCCCCACCGCCCUCUCCACCACCAUCCUCUCCACCGCCACCUUCUCCGCCACCAAUUUUGUCACCACAUUCAGGGGCUAAGAACUCAUUACCAUGGAUACUAGGCGCUACAAUACCAACAGUCCUUUUUCUAAUAAUUCUGGGAGGACUUGUGUAUUAUUACAAGAAAAAGAAGUACGCAGAGGUGCUUGAACAAUGGGAAAAAGAAUUUAGUCCUCAAAGGUACUCCUUUAGGAACCUAUACAAAGCAACCAAAGGUUUCAGGGAGAAUCGGCUACUUGGAGCAGGGGGUUUUGGAAAAGUCUAUAAAGGAGAGCUUCCUACUGGUACACAAAUCGCGGUUAAGAGAGUCUACCAUGAUGCAGAACAAGGGAUGAAACAGUAUGUCGCAGAGAUUGCUAGUAUGGGAAGAUUGAGGCACAAGAACUUGGUGCAGCUUCUUGGUUACUGCAGAAGGAAAGGUGAGUUGCUUUUGGUAUAUGACUACAUGCCAAACGGAAGCCUUGAUGAUUACUUGUUCAAUAAAAACAAGCUGAAAGACCUAACUUGGUCUCAGAGAUUGAAUAUAAUCAAAGGAGUAGCCUCUGCACUUUUGUAUCUUCAUGAAGAAUGGGAACAAGUUGUACUUCAUCGAGAUAUAAAAGCUAGCAACAUUCUUUUAGAUGCGGAUCUAAAUGGAAGGUUGGGAGAUUUCGGCCUUGCAAGAUUCCAUGACCGUGGCGAGAAUCUUGAAGCCACACGUGUUGUAGGAACCAUUGGUUACAUGGCACCAGAGCUUACUGCAAUGGGAGUGGCCACUACAAAAACAGAUGUGUAUGCUUUUGGAUCUUUCAUCCUUGAGGUGGUUUGCGGGAGAAGGCCAGUGGACCCUGAUAGACCACCUGCGGAAAUGAUCUUACUUAAGUGGGUUGCCACUUGUGGGAAAAGAGAUACAUUGAUGGAUGUUGUUGACAGUAAACUAUUAGACUUCAAAGCUGAGGAGGCCAAGCUGCUGUUAAAUCUAGGCAUGCUCUGUGCACAGAGUAGCCCAGAAAAUAGACCCAGUAUGAGACAUAUAAUACAAUAUCUGGAAGGAAAUGUCGCUAUUCCAAGCAUAUCAUUUGAUACAGCAGGAUUUGGUAUGCCCAAUAUUAGCAGUGAAACGAUAACACAGAUGACAGCCACCUCCUCAUCAGCUAAUUUCUCGUUUGAAGAUGUUACAAUCCUAUUUGGCGGUCGCUGAAACCGGCUCCAAGCUUAAACUUAUAAGAACGCUAUGUCUUAAGUGAAAUGAUUGUGUGAAAGUAACUUUUGUUGCAACAAUGUGUCUUUUAAAUGUGAAUGAUUCUAUCUAUGAUACGUUGUUGUUCCAAACUGUGUAAGCAUACUGCCAUGUUUGCUGCCCCAGUAUAGCUACUUUUUAUGUCAAAAUUCGAACAGCAAUAUGACCGAAGCCCAGGUUUGAACCCAAGACACCACUUGGGUCCAAGCUCACUGGGCUGAAAGGAUCCCCAACCUAGAUACUUAUGCGCAUAUAACUCAUCAAAAGGAAAGAAACCAGGAAAACAAAAAUUGCAAGAGAUGACUCAAUGGCA